CAUGCAAGCGUCUUUUGGUCUACUUAGCAUCAGUGUGCCCUAACGGAGAGAAAAAUACACAUCUCGAUUUCGUUUGUUCUGUAGAAAAAAUCUACAGCUAUGGCUUUGAACAAUGGCCUCAGAUCAGCCUCAAAGCUCGUCUCCUCUUCUCAAUCCCUUCUCUCCAACUCAGGUGUAUUGACAGUGAACCGGGGUUUCCACUCAACUGGGGUGAAGAGGAUGGGAGGACACGGGCAUGAUGAACCAUUCUACAUGCAUGCAAAGCACAUGUAUAACUUAGAUAGGAUGAAACAUCAAGCAUUGAAGAUGUCUCUUACUGUCUUUACUGCCUUCAGCAUUGGUGUUGGCCUUCCUGUGUAUGCUGUCAUUUUCCAGCAGAAAAAGGCUGCUUCCAGCUAAGUCACAAUGGUUUUAUUUUCUUGGUUGCAAUAACAGAAAUAACUCGGAAACACAGCUAUUGCUGAUUGUUGUUAAUGAUUUGAGUUGAUGACAAUAUUACAAUUUUCAGGGGCUUCCCUUUUCUUUGCUCUACACCCAUUUUGUUAAAUGUUGAUAGGAUUUCUUAUAUUGCUUUCAUAAUAAUGUCAAAUCUUGGAUCCAAUUUGGAUUGAA